AUGCGUUUCUCAAUUGCUGUCGCAGCGAUCCUAGGCGGCCUUCAGGCUGCUUCUGCGCUCAAGCUUUCGCCCAGAAAUGCGGUGGAGAGGGAAGAGCAGGUGCAAGCUGCACGGACGCGUCGCAGCCUGACCAAGCGCGAAGACACCGAUCCCACGUUGCUAUACCCGGAGUACAACAUCUCUGUGCCAGUCGACUUCUUCCACAACGAGACACGGUACGAGCCUCAUAGCAACGGUUCUUUCAACUUGAGGUACUGGUUCGACGACACGUACUACAAGCCUGGCGGACCGGUCUUUGUACUUCUUGGCGGAGAAACCGAUGGAGAGGGUCGUCUCACCUUCCUCCAGAAGGGAAUUGUCCACCAGGUCAUCAAGGCUACCAACGGUCUCGGUGUCAUUCUUGAGCACCGUUACUAUGGCAAAUCUUUCCCGGUUCCCGAUCUGACGACACCGAACAUGCGAUUCUUGUCGACUGAGCAAGCGCUUGCUGAGGUUGAUUACUUCGCUAGGAAUGUGAAGUUCGAAGGCAUUGACGCGGACCUGACUGCGCCGAACACCCCAUGGGUCGUUUACGGCGGUUCAUACGCUGGUGCCCAGGCCGCAUUCUUGCGAGUUGUAUACCCAGAGACUUUCUGGGGCGCAAUCUCUUCUUCUGGUGUAACUGUUGCGAUCUACGACUACUGGCAGUACUUUGAGCCAGCUAGGCUAUACGGUCCUCCAGACUGCAUGAAGAACACGCAACUCCUAAUUGACGUUGUUGAUGGCAUUCUUAUCCGCCAGAACGACACCUCCAAGGUUCAGGCACUCAAGGAUGUCUUUGGCAUGGGCGGUGUUACUGACAACCGUGAUUUCGCUGGCCAGAUUACUGGUGUCUACGGCCUGCAAAGCACCAACUGGGAUCCUGAGGAGAACUCGCCCUCUUGGUUCAACUACUGCCAGAACAUUACCGCAGAAGAGCCCGCAGGCGAGAACCUGCGCCCAGCGGUUGCGGAACUCGUUUCGGCGGCCGGCUACACCAACGACACCGCCGUGCAGAACAUCACCCUCAACGCUAUUGCUUGGCUCAACAGCACAGCUCUCUCUGGAUGGCGCCGUUCGAAUAGGACUCAGGACUCGUACUUCACCCAGCUCAACGUUACUGCGCUCCAGCAAUACACUUCUAUCGAAGACUACGGCGCUGUGAGCUGGAGCUACCAAGUCUGCACAGAGUGGGGUUACAUCCAAACCGGAAACACACCCGCUGAUAUCAUGCCGCUCAUCUCACGUACCCUCGAUGUAGAGUACCUGACCUUCUUCUGCCGCGCACAAUUCGGCAUCAACCACCCUCCGGAGAUUGAGCGUGUCAACAAGUACGGAGGCUACGACAUCGACUACGAGCGUCUUGCCCACCUCGGAGGUAACGCGGAUCCGUGGAGGCCAGCAACCCCAUUGUGGUACCCCGAUAGCAGGAACAGCACGACGGAGCGCCCGUGGCAUCUGAUCAGCCACGGUGUGCACCACUGGGAGGAGAAUGGUAUCUUUGAGAACCAGACAACUCCUGAUCUGCCACCACCGCAGGUCGUCUAUGCGCAACAGUUCCUGAAGAACUUUGUCGUAGACUGGCUCGAGGAGUUCGAGAACCAGAAGGAACACAUGGAGCUGCGCUAA